GACCCUGGCGUCACUUUUUAACGCACUGGGUAUACCUUUGGCGUUAUUUUUCGACGUGCAGGGUAGUCCGAUAGACUUCUAUAGAACUCAACAGCGUUGAAAUUUGACGUCUUGGGUCAGCACACCGCAACCCGUUGUCUGCCUUAUGGGUCGACACUACAAUAAAUAAAAAUAAAAAAGGAAUAGGCUACAAAAAAUGAUUUAUGCCAGGGCGAGUCAAAUGGCGGCUCCCAGAUCAUUUUUAUCUGGCCCUCCAACUGGUUUUUGAUGUUUAAAAACCCUUGCAAUCUGAUAUCAAAGUGCCCUCUGCAUAAAGGUUUAGCGCGUUCAUCAGCGGUGAGUUUAACAACGCACACGGUGUACAACCGCACUCAGCGGUGAGUUUAACAACAAUCAACUGCAGGUAAAAGGGCGUUCAGAGGUGAGUUUGACCAAAGCAACGCUCAACUGCAGGUAAAAUGGCAUUAAAAGGUGAGUUUAACAACGCUUCAAGGCGCGUGCAAGUAAGCAUUUUAAGAGUUUUCUUGUCAUAGGUAGGACACUGCUUUAAUUAUAGCAUGCUGGAUAACGUUUUUAUCGGAGGUUUGUUGAUUUUAAUAAAUAUAUAUAAUAUGCUACGAUUGAGUUCAAUUCAUCUUUUUUUUGUUGUUGUUUUAUUAAAUCCUCUAAAUUAAUAACGCUGACGUCAACGUAUGGGCGAUCCCAAGGUCCAUUGCGAUUUUACACUCGGUAAGUAGAAGGGGUAAUGUUAAUUAAUAGAGAUGGAUUACACAUCAAAAACUGUUGAAUCAGGACAAGAAGUUGUGAUUUGUAAGGUGGCCAUUUCUGAUGACUGAUGAUAUUUCUGAUGAUAUUUCUGAUAAAAAUAUAGCUUUCUGCACCACAUGUGCGGGCUAGCAAAGUUAGCUAAUUGAAUUCAAGUUCAUUUUUGUCGCAUAAAAUCAUGUAAGGUACAAUUAUUGGGGAAUGUAAGAUUUUCAUAAUGAGACAUACUGUAAGUGUUAGCUGUAAUGUAUGCCUGCGUUGGGAUUCUUCUUGUGGUUGUGUGUCGUUGCUCUUUGCCCAGUGUUUUGUGCCCAUUUAUACACAUGCUAGUCAGUGUAACUUAUAGAGCUUGGCAAACUACGUCACUGCGCGUUGCAUUCUGGGUAGUCGCGGCCAUGUUUUAGGCCACGCUCAGGAGCGUACAAUGACAAUAAAUACAACUCACCAGAUGAAAAAACGACUGUAAUUACGUUAAUUUUUUUAAAGAGCUGCUUGUACUUGCUGAGAAUAAAUGGACUAAUAUUUUAAUCUCUUGUGAUCAUUCGAUCGCUCAGUCUUGUGGCCAGGACACGAUAUACACACGCAAAGAAAUAAUACUGACGCCUUCUAUCGGACCACACACAGGACCAAAGUGAUUUCUCUAUUGCAGUUUUUAAUAACUAAGUGGCACCGAUAUCUGCCAGAUAAAAUAAUAAACACAAUAUAGAUUGAUCGCAGCCAGCAUAUCAUCAUAUAGCCCUGAUUUCUUCAUGUUAAAGCAUUAAGGGAUAACAUAACAGCAUGACCAUCUGUAAUGCAGCUCUGAAAUGAAUUUUGUGGAGUCGCUACAGCAAGUAAGUUUUACUGGACCUAAAUGGAAUAAAUACAUGAUUUCUUACAGAGAGAAGCUUAACAAUGAAUCAAAGAUGUGCUGCUUUAUGAACACAGAGAGUGAUCGAGAGCUAUUUCACAAAUAACAUUUCUAAACGUGUUUUCGUACAUUAUUAAUGGCGUGAGCACGUACAUAUUCAAACAGAUCAGAAGUUAUGAAUCUGUAAUAAAUACAAAUGACAAAGCCACAUUUUGGUCAAGUUUAUUUUCAUUAAGUUUCACUUUCACCAUUGUGUCGUUUCUAAGCUGGAAGGCAGAAAAUGAGGGACAUUAUAGUUUAACGUGGCUUAAUUUACUAAGACAAACAAAACUUAUUAACGUUAUGCUUUAUUAGUUCGGUGUUUACUACAGAAAAGCAGAUGAGCCCAGAAUAUGAACGCAACACAUUUAACACAAGCAUUUUCCUCUCAUAAAGAAAACACUUAAUGGACAGUGACUUAACGUGUAAUAAGACGGGUUCUGUUCAUAUUCUGGGCUCAUCUGCUUUGCUGUACAUAGUUUCUAUGGGAGGAAAACGUUUAACUUGAAAUUAAACGCGUUGCGUUCAAAUUCUGGGCUAUUAGUAUGAUGUUUACUUACAUUACGCCAGCAUUACGCCACGUUAAGCUUUUUAUAAUGUCCCGAAAAUGGGACAAAAUGGCGCUCCAUUUCACAUCCGUUUUCCACGCUGGUCAGUAUAUGCAGAUAGUUUAUAACACAGCCAGCGUUCACCAUUCUAAUAUGUUUUUAACUGUAUAAUAUAAAUUUUAACAUCUUCCUCCACUAUUUCCCAGUCUCUACUGUACUGUCCGUGACCUAAAGUCCCAGAAUGCAAUGCGUUGCUGACGUCACGUUCCCAGACUCUAUAACUGUGCUAAUGAAAGCAUAGACAUGAAAAUAAAGCACAUUAACAAAUUAAAUCAGUGUUAAUUAAAAGCUUGUAUUCUAAACUACUAUGAAUGCUGAGGGAAGUUUUUGAUUAAAAUCAUCACAGGGAAAAGGAAAUAAUCCAGUUAAAGAAAUUUGUUUCCUUGUUAAUACAAAAGUAUAAUUAAUAACAUAAACAGAUUUAAAAAUGGCACUGAUUAUCAACCAAACUGGCAUUGUGAAUGGUUGGUAUCAAUAUCAGCCAUGAGUGUCAAGAUCAGUCCAUCCAUACCUAGUGAGAUAUUGUAUUGUGAGUUUGCAGGCAACACCCAGCCCUACAGUAUUCUGGCCUAAUAUUUAUAUAAGCACCCACAGACCUCCUCCACCACAUCCCAAAGCAUGGGCAAACUAGACCAACAUUUUCUCAAGUUCUUAAAUAUUUUUGUAGUUGUAUGUAGCAUGAUCUUCAAAUCUGAAUUUAUAUUCUUUCCCUUCUCUCAACAGGUCCCCUAGUCCCUUCAUCAUUUACUUUAAAACUUCAGCUUCGUUACAAAGCAAAAACAAAGGCACUUUUUAGAGCCACGUUUGUCUAGUUAAUUGUUGUCAGUUCAUCUGGUUCUCUGUUGUUCUUGCUCUUUUGCUCUUCCCCCCCCUAUCCCUUUAGUGUUGUCUUGUUUGUCCUUGUUCAUCAUGAGUGACCAUUCCAAUUUCGAACAGGUCCUUAAUGAGCUUGAUGAGCUUGUUGAACAUUCUAAAUUAAAUUAUGAACUCCAGACCUUGGAAGAUUUCAUCAAUAAGAUGCCGGGAGAACAGGAGGCAGCACCAUCCACCAGCCAUCAACCAGUCCAGAAGGCUCCACCAUCCACCAGCCAUCAACCUGCCAGGUGGCUGAAGAGAGACAGUGAUGGAAAUGUUGUCUAUGACAGACCAAGAUCAUCCCGAAACCAAACAGCUACUAGUCACAGCUACAGUCGUAAGACUGGUGCUCAUACUAGGGUGUUGGACAGCAGCAUUGAGAUGACCAACUACUGUCCUCCUGACACUGUUGAGACUUUCCUUGAAGAGCUAAACCACUCACAGUGUGAUGACUUGGAUGAUCAGGAAACGGCACCAGCACCACCACGAGCUUCCUCAGACUGGUCUACUCGAAAAAGUCUCCUCUCAGAGAGGUGGGAGAAAGAAAGACCCUGUCUGGUGAAUACCAUGGUGGCACAACAAAAUGCGACAACUCAUAUCUGCCAACAAUGUGGCAGCAGUCCAGCUGCUGUCCGUUGUCGUGACUGCCGACCACAACCAUUCUUCUGUGCUGAUUGUGAUGUCAGUAUACACCGAAACCACGUGUUCCACAACAGGGAUGCAACAAUAGCUGGAUUCUUUCAGCCAUUGCCUCCAACAACCUGUGUCGUGGAGAGGGCUCUUUCCCAGUGUGUGUGUAUUGUGCCGUUGGAGAUGCCCGAGAAAAUAUGUAGUUGUUCUCCAGGAUCGUUGAGUGUCAACCCAGGAAAAGUUGUUGCUGUGGUUACAAUGAAUGGUCGAUAUGAUCUCAGUAUGCCUGAGAUGAAAUGCGAGGCAUGCAAAGCCACUUGGAGCGCUGGAGUGGAUGACUUGGUCCGAAAUGACUACUGGCCUGCUACCCUUCACUUCUCCACGGUGUACGCUACAGAUGUGUUUUGUUCAUAUGAAGAGUUGAAGAUGGCAGCACCAGGACUGUCCUGCCAAGCAUUUUUAAGAAUGCUUGAUCAACGAACUGUCCGAUUUGGCCGUACUGGGAAGAUCACAGCAGACAGCUUCAGAAAAAGCUUUUUGGAGUGGGAGGCUGUUAGAUUUGAGGUGGAUAAGAUCUGCAGGGAGGAGCAUUUUGUCUGUCCUGCGUGCACCCCAGACAUGCUUGCUGUUUCUGUGGAUGGAAAUCGCAAGCACUACCGCUUUAAGAAUGCAGCAAGAUCUGAAGAACAAGCCUUAUUUGAUGGCAUCUUCAUUGCAAAAGAUGAUGAAGUAGAGAGAUUUGUGGAUUACAUUCAUUCUACCACCAACCAUGUCUCUGGAAGAGGUGUCUGUGGAGGGGAGUGGUCAGCUGCCAGGGAAACGUCUCAGAGAUCCUCAAGUAAAAUUGAUGAGGAGGGACUUGAGCUUGCAGUCUGUCGACAUGUUCAGGGGGAGAAAUCUAUGCUUAUCCCCUCUACCUGCAGAACAAGCUGGCAAAUAAGCCAAUAA